UGAUCCAGUUUCUAUAUUGGAACCAUUCUGUCGUAUUUAUUAAUUCUAUAUAUCAUAAUAUUGAAAUGGACUUGUGAAUUGAUAAGUAAAUCAGAAACGUUUUGUACAUCGGUUCCUGCUCAGUCGAUAUACACUUCGGUGUGUGAGUAUUCCAUGCUGUGAACGCGUUGGAUAUUGCGUCACGUGACCAGCUGUCCAAAAACUCGAUUUAGCCUAGCUGAUUAUUAUCCUUGCACAGGAGAAAAUGGGAGACUUACCUGACCCUAUCCGUGAACCAGAGAUCAAAUAUACACAGAUCUUCAUCAACAAUGAGUGGGUGAACUCUGUGAGUGGUAAGACCUUCCCCACCAUCAACCCGAGCACCAAACAGAAGAUAACAGAUGUACAGGAGGGGGACAAGGCGGAUGUGGACAAAGCUGUUGCAGCAGCAAAAGAGGCCUUUAAACUUGGGUCACCAUGGAGACGAAUGGACGCAAGCAAGCGGGGGAAGCUGCUUAUGAAGUUUGCCGACCUGUUAGAGCGAGAUGCUGUAUACAUUGGGAGUUUAGAAACUCUGGACAAUGGCAAACCGUUCAAAAUGGCCUAUGGGGAGGUGUUCUUUUCAUCUGAUUGUGUCCGAUAUUAUGCUGGCUGGGCUGACAAGAUACAUGGCAAAACUAUCCCCGUUAAUGGAGAUUUUUUCAGCUUCACCAGACAUGAACCUAUAGGGGUCUGUGGCCAGAUUAUUCCAUGGAACUACCCAGUGCCCAUGUUCGUCUGGAAGAUAGCUCCAGCCUUGGCCACAGGGAAUGUGAUCGUGGUGAAACCAGCAGAGCAGACCCCUCUUACGGCCUUGUAUUGUGCACAUCUUCUGAUGGAGGCAGGAUUUCCGAAGGGCGUCAUCAAUGUGGUACCUGGUUACGGCCCUACAGCGGGAGCAGCAAUAUCUUCCCAUAUGGAUGUUGGCAAGGUGGCCUUCACAGGGUCUACUGAGGUUGGCCAGUUAAUCAUGCAGGCUGCUGGGUGUUCUAACCUGAAGCGACCAACCCUUGAACUCGGUGGCAAGAGCCCAAACAUUAUCUUCUCUGAUGCAGAGUUGUCUAGCGCUGUGGACUAUGCCCAUGAGGGUGCAAUGACCAACAUGGGACAGUGUUGUAUCGCCGGCAGUCGAACCUUCGUACAUGAGGAUAUUUAUGAUGAAUUUGUCAAGAUGAGCGUUGCUAAGGCUGAAAAACGAAUGGUUGGAAAUCCUUAUGACAAAGACAUAGAGAGUGGCCCUCAGAUUGAUGAUGAACAGUACAAAAAGAUUUUGGAGUUGAUCGAAUCAGGAAAGAAGGAAGGAGCAACCUGUGAGUACGGCGGUGCGAAGGACAAAGAAGAGGGAUAUUACAUCAAGCCGACAGUGUUCUCCGGUGUACAGGAUCACAUGAGAAUUGCCAAGGAGGAGAUAUUUGGACCCGUCCAGCAGAUUCUGAAAUUUAAGGAUAUGGAUGAAGUGCUGGAGCGAGCCAACAGUACCCACUAUGGUCUAGGUGCUGCCAUCUUCACCACGGACAUCAAUAAGGCAAUGACCUUUGUUCAAGGGGUCAAGGCUGGCACUGUCUGGGUAAACUGUUACAAUGUUGUGUCACCUCAGGCUCCUUUCGGUGGAUUCAAGAUGUCGGGACUUGGCAGGGAGCUGGGUGAAUAUGGCCUGCAGAACUAUUUGGAAGUAAAAAAUGUUGUCAUGAAGGUCCCAGAAAAGAAUUCUUAAAACAGCCAGAACUACAAUGUUUCCUCCGUCAAUAUGGAAGGAAUGCUGAACAUGAACAACAUUUUCUGCUGACAGAACAAGUGCAUGGCAUUACUAUUUUGAUAUAUAUACAGAACGUAUUUAGAAUGUCAUUGUCAAUGUAACAGUUUGUAGCAACUGGCUAAAAAUUUAACAAAGAGAGCUAAAAUGAAAUUUUUAGAAAGUAUGUGUCUUGCUGAAUUGUGGACCUUCCAUCCUAUUGUACAUGUAUUAAUUUGUACUGUAUGUUAAUUAUUAUUUUGAAAAUUGAGCCCUAGCUUAAAAUAUUGAUCCUGUUAAUAAUAUGUUUUCAAUGGUUUGAUCAAGGAAGAUAUCUAACCAAGGAACAAAUGGUUUAAUUGAAGAUUUGUUUGUUCUAUUAAGCUGAUGCUUAUACAGUUAAAUUUGUUGUGUGUGUUUUUUUUUUUCAUUUCAUUAAAAUUUACAAAUAUCCAUGUAAAAUGUUUUUUACCCAAAGUUAAUAUUAACAGAUCUUUAUUAAUAUUUAAAAAAUCCACACUUCAUAUAAAUUAAAAGGUCAUAUCAAGAUGAAUUUCUGAAAUAUCUGAUUUUGUAAAACUUUCAUUGAAAAUGAACAAAACAAAUGUGUUAGUGUCAUGUGCUGUCUCAAGAAAUUAUAGAAAUGCAAAUGCUGUUCUGUAAUUUACUUCGUAGUGGAUCUGUUCACAAACUCCCUUUAAUAAUAAUAAUAAUAAUAAUCCGAGGUUUUUAUAUACCACUUUAUCACAACCUACUUUGUAGGUCGCCUCAAAGCAUAAAAACCCCAUCUUUCUCAACUCCCUGGGGAGCAUACAGCCGAUGCUGCCAUAUCAACACUCACUGUUAGCAUUCAACAAUUCUAGCACUGCCCAACCACGUA